CAGCAUCCUCUGCACAUGUCUGGAACAUAUCUUGAAUAAAUAAUUCAUUUCUUUAGAAAGUAUCCAUACAUUUUGAGAUUUUUAUAUGUGUGUUACAGGUCUCGAGCAACAUGUUAAUUAUUAAUUAGACAUGAAUUGUCAAAUGCUGUGAAAUUUCUUCUUGUAUAAAUCGAUUAUCUGCUGCACGCGCCUGGAUAGAGAUUCGGGCAGACGACAAGCCUCGCUUUGACUGUGAGGGUGAUUUAUGCAUACAUGUAAUAUUUAAGGCGAUGAAAUAUAAAGAAUCAAUGGUGAAUUAGUUUGUUUUUUUAAUUGCCGUGAUUUUAACGACAAAAUGUGUACCAUUCAUUAUUAUUAUUGGGGAAUUCCAUCUAUAUGAAAUGUGGUUAUAGGACAUAGGAUUAUAUCUAGAUUCUAACAUGAACCGUACAGACAAUCGGGUGCUUUUCUGAUGUUUAUUAAGAAGAGAGUGAUUUUUCCAGCUGGCUCCAUCGUCAAAUGUCUGAGUAUCCGCCAAAUGCCAGUUUUCAUCGGAUCUGUUUAACCGGCGUGAUAAGCUGCGGGGACAGAAUCACAUCUAGAAUCAAGCAAGGAAUGACUUCGGUGUUACGAAGACAAUCAUCGACGUCAAAUGAAAACGAUGUAAGAAUGCGAAAUAACCGGAGUAGUGGCCAUGGUGCAGUCAACGAUUCACCUCCAUCUUCCCCAGCACAGCCCGGUGACCGUGGGACCAGAGCUUGCUGCUUUUGUUGGUGCUGUUGUUGUACUUGUUCAUGUUUGGCAGUGAAGUCUGGUAAUGGUACACAAGGUGGACCAAACAGUAGAAUACCUUUACCAGAGAGAGAUGAUCCGCCUACACACGAAGAAAUAGAAAGUUGGGGAGAAUCUUUCGAUAAAUUAAUGCAAAGUAAAGGUGGACGAAGGACAUUUAGAGAAUUUUUAAAAUCAGAAUAUAGUGAAGAAAAUAUAUUAUUCUGGUUAGCGUGUGAGGAUCUCAAAAAGGAAGAAAACCCAGAGAUUGUAGAAGAAAAGGCUAGAUUAAUAUAUGAAGAUUAUAUAUCUAUACUUUCACCUAAAGAGGUUAGCUUAGAUUCCCGAGUACGAGAAGUUAUAAAUAGGAAUAUGGUUGACCCAACACCGCAUACAUUCGAUGAAGCACAGCUACAAAUAUAUACACUAAUGCAUCGAGAUUCUUAUCCACGAUUUCUUAAUUCUCAAAUGUAUAAAAAACUACUAGAAGAGUCACAAUUAUCUUGAACCUUAGAAAAUUUAAUAAAUUUUAAAUUCACUACAGGUCAAAUCAAAGUUGUAUCACAUGAUAAAUUAGUGCUGUGUUGUUGGAUAUCUAAUGAAAGAUGUGAAUUAUUGGAAUGGUGCCAUCUAGGUUGAUGUAUCCUUUGCUCAUCUAAUCAAAGUGCGGAAUGAUUUUGUUGAUUUAAAAAAUAUAUUCCGUCAUCGAACAACUUGGAUUGCCAACAAAGAUUUUUACAAAAUAAUUUUGUUGGAAAUUUUGUGAUAUGUUCGUUGUGACUGAGCCAUGUGUGCGACGUUUAGUUUAUAUGUGUCUGAAAAGCCGUCUUAAGUACCACGAACUUGGCUUUAAUAAUACUCAUAUGACCCACAACUUUCGAUUUCAAUCUCUGUACAAAAUACUUGUUAUGUUUAUAGUCUCAACCAAUUAUUGAUCAAUGUUCAAUUGUUGUGCAAUGUGUUUUCUUUCUCCGGACUCGUGCAAUAUUUUAUUUUACUGUAUACCUUUUUAUUACGAUAAGAUUGUAGUUAUACCUAAACAGUUACACUAUUUAUAAAAAAAGAUGUUUUAUUCAAUGUUUUAGCAUAAUUUGUCCAGAAAACAUAGUCUUUCAUAAUUGAUUUCUUUUUAUGGUGCUUUUCUGACAUAUUGGCAUGUAUACUAUCCAUAUCACAUUUAUUGUCAUCACUGGAAAUCAUAAUCAAAGUAAAAAAAAUAAUUUAUUAACUGAUUAUUAUCAAUUGACUUUGAUCUAAAGAAAACAAAAAAAUAUUGUUAAACAUAAUUUACAACCAUUUAAUAGAGCUGUUAAAUUUAAAGAUUCAUGUAUUAGCAUGGAGAGAAAUCAGGAAAGGUGAAGAUGUGAGAUAAAAAUGUGUAUCCUGUAUAAUUCAUUUCAGCACCUCAAUAUUUAUAAUGUUUUACAUAUGAUUAAUUAAUGUUAUAUUCUGUUAUUUAGGUAAAAUUGCAGCAUUAUAAGUAAAAUUUGGUUUUGUUUUCAAGUGCAUAUUUCUUUAAUGUAUGCAAUAAUAAGUGUUUGCUGAAGGUAAUUAGAAAUGUUACAGUUGCAAAGACAAAAAUGAUAAAAUUUCAUGUGAGGUAUAAUUGUAUUAUUUUUGAAAUGUUUCAACAAUUACAAUAUUCAAAUGUGAAAUAUAUGUAUACGCAAUCCACUUAUUUCUUUUUCCACUCUUUAUAAUACACUCCCUCCCUUUUGGUUUCGUGAAUAGAUAAUGUUUAUAUUUUAUUUAUUGACAUUUUAAGUAAAACAUGUAGUUCAAAGCAAAACCUGGGAAUGUUUUAGUCCCAGGCAAAACGUAAUGAAUACAAUUAUUAGUCAUUGAAAAUUGAUAAUUUCGUUGAUUUCAAUCAACUUCGAUAGUUCUCAAUAAUUCUAAAUAUUUUUAGAAAUGCAUAGGUGAACUAUCAUACAGAUCUUAUAUAGUAAUUGUAUUUUCACAUUCCAAUAGUAUAGAUAUAGCUCUAUAACCACUAUUUGAGGUUUACUAUUUAUGUAUAUGUAUGUUACUGUACUUUCAAAAAUACAUCAAAUGGACAUUGCUUAAAAGUUAUUUUCUUGUAUGUUGAUGUAUUAUUUUUAUUUGUUUGAAUUUGUGAAUGUUUGAUUUUGUUAGGAUGAGUAAUAUUCGAAUCUUAAGAUGAUUUUGAACUAUUUUUGUAGGAUACAUUACCUUGGUAGCCAGUGUUGUAUGUACAAGUGAUAGAACGAUUUAAUUACCAUUAAACCUACCAAAUAGU